CGGGUUUUCGGGUCUGUCAGUCAGUCUGUCGGCCUGGUCUCGUGGCCCCUGCUCUCUGGGAGAAAUGGUCUCCUUGGCCAAAGCCUGGACCGUGACGUUUUAUGGGGCUUUGGCACUGAUGGUGGCCAUAGGGAUAUGGGAUGUUUUCUUUGGGUAUGAAGAGAACAAGUGCAGCAUGAGCUAUAUGUUCGAGUAUCCGGAAUACCAGAAAAUCAGCCUUCCGCACAAACUGACCAGACAGUAUCCAGCUUAUGAACUGUAUUUAUAUGGAGAAGGGAGCUAUGCCCAAGAAAACAAAAAUCUUUUAUUGUCAGGGAUUCCAGUUCUUUUUCUUCCUGGUAAUGCUGGAAGUUACAAACAAGUACGUUCUCUUGGCUCUAUAGCACUUAGAAAAGCAGAAGACAUUGACUUCAAGUACCACUUUGACUUCUUUAGUGUAAACUUCAAUGAAGAGCUCGUUGCACUAUAUGGUGGAAGUCUAAAAAAGCAAACAAAAUUUGUUCAUGAAUGCAUUAAAAUAAUCCUUAAACUCUAUGAGAUAAAUACAUUGGCCAUUUACACAUAG